CCAAGCAGCCGACUAAUGGUGGUCGCACGCGUCACGGUAUUGCAAGGCCGCGACGGCGACGAGGAGGAAUAUCGUCUGUUUUCCUGUUCGUUCCAAACCCCAGGCCACAGAAGAGCGUUUGCAGCGAGGGUGCAUCACUGAGUCAUUUCUAGAGGUACUUUAAGAUAAGGGCGUCCGCCAACCUAGAUAAACUGUGAACUCUAGCAAGUCGACACGCCCUUUGCUGUUGUAAUUAGAACGUUUUAAGCAAUGGGCAGUUACUGGUUACCAACUAGUAUCAAUGGCUUCCUGGGAGACAUCAAGGACGCUUCGCUUUUGCACUUUGUCUUGGAGGGUUUCCUGGUGGCAUGGCUGAUCUGGUUCAUCUUCCGGAAAAGUUAUAAAUCUCACCACAGACAUUCCUUGUCAAAAGAGGAGGAGGAUAAAAUUAUAUCUGAGUGGACACCAGAACCACUCGUGAAGAGUACUCCGCAAGAUCACCCUGCCUUGAAGCCUCAUGUUGUAACGGGAAAGGCAGGCCAUUAUAUUGAUGUUGAUGGAAAGCCGUGCUUGAAUCUUGCUACACACAAUUAUUUAAGUUUUGUAGACAAACCUCAGGUUGAAGAAUGUGCAAUUCAAAGUAUACGCAAGUAUGGAGUUGGAUCUUGUGGCCCCCGUGGUUUCUAUGGAACUGUUGAUGUACAUUUGGAACUAGAAGAAAAAUUGGCAAAGUUUAUGGGAAUGGAAGAAGCUUGUGUUUAUGCUUAUGGAUUUUCCACUGUUGCAAGUGCCAUACCAGCAUAUGCUAAGCGCAACGACAUAAUUUUUGUUGAUGAGCAGGUGAACUUUGCAAUUCAGAAAGGCUUGGAUGCAUCCAGGAGUAGGAUUUGCUAUUUUAAACACAAUGAUGUAGAAGAUUUGGAGAAAUUGAUGCUGGAAUUUGAAGCUGAAGCAGGAAAGAAUCCCCGAAAGGCUAAGGUCACGAGGCGAUUCUUGGUUAUUGAAGGAAUAUAUAUGAACACUGGGAAAAUCUGUCCUCUACCUGCACUCCUGGAAUUAGCACACCGCUUUAAGUGCCGUACUAUUCUUGAUGAAAAUGUGUCAUUUGGCACUUUAGGUGAAACUGGCCGAGGUGUCACAGAGUUCUACAAUAUCAAUAGAGCAGAUGUUGAUCUGAUUGUUGGUAGCAUGGAAUGGGCACUUGGUUCCAUUGGUGGAUUUUGUGUGGGCUCUUCUUUCAUUGUUGAACAUCAGCGUUUGUCAGGACUUGGAUACUGUUUCUCUGCAUCCCUCCCUCCGUUGCUUACUUCAGCUGCCAUGGCAUCUCUGGAAGAAAUAGAAAAAAAUCCUGAACUCAUUACUGUUCUUCACAAACAGUGUCAGCUUGUCCAUGAUGCUUUGGCAAACUUAUCAGAAUUUGGUUAUAGUAUGUCUGGUGAUAUUCAAAGUCCAGUGAAACAUCUGUACCUGACCAACCCACCUCAGGAUGCUGAGAAACAUCGCUCACUUCUGCAUAGUAUAUCUCAAUAUUGUAUCAAGAAUGGAGUUGCCAUUAUACCAGCAUCAUACUUGGAUCACAUGGAAGCUCGUCCUCGUACUCCUUCUCUUCGUAUCACUGUAAAUGUUGAUCUUACCCCAGCUGAAGUAGAAGCUGCCUCGAAAGUCUUGCAACAGGCUUCUUCUGAAUUCUCUUUGUCUUAAAAUGAUAUGUCAUUUUAACUACUGCCUCACCAAUGGAAUGUUCUGCAAUUCUUAAUAGUACUCAGAUCAAACAGUGUGUGAACCCAGAUGUGAGUUAAGUUGUCACUUUGCAUCUAGUAUAUGAAAAUUUUAUGUUGUCCUCUGGCAUUGAGUGUUACUUCCAUUAUAAUAUAUAUAUAUAAUUGUAUCAACUAUCUUGAAAUUGCAUGUCACCUCACAUGUGUGAACACCAAUUUCAACAAUUCACUCCAUAUAUUUUACUCUUGCGCUCAGGUCUGUAUUUUAACAUAUUAUAUAGCCGAUAUUCUACACAUGUUGCAUUUAUGGUGAAAUAAGUUACCUUUUUUACCCUAAACUUGUCUUAUUCUGUUGGUUUGGUAUCACCGUGUUCUUUGAACACCUAAUAGAUGCUUAACUUAAUGUAUCCUGUACUCAAAUUGAAUGUCAAAGUUCUGUGUGCUUUUUUUAAAUUUUUUGAUGAAGGCAGAUCUGUUUUAUAGUGAUUUUGUAUUGCUGCCCUUGUCAUAUUUCCUCAAGUAAUUCCUGUGUGUUUUAAAAUUAAAUCACUCCGUCUAGCAUGUAUGGGUCCAAGUUCCAUUUAGUUUUAUAAAAGAAACACACAGAAUAUGUCCAUUAACUUCCUCUGGUUCUGUGAUUUAGAUAUAGUAAGAGAGGAACAGCAUUUCAACUGUUAGUAUUUUUCACUGAUAUUUUGCUUGUAAUGCAGUUGCCUGGUUGAGGGAAUGUGUACUGGUGUCUAUGUUGUGUUGAAGAAACAUGGUAGUUUCAAAAACCUAUUUUGUUAGUGUGCACAGACACAGUUCUAGAUUUUCUCAGUAUUUUUUCUACUUAUUACUAUUAAGAGCACAAUCCUGUGGCCUUAUCGGACUUUCUUUUUUGAUAUAUUGAAUCAAUUUUGUAAAGUGUUAUCGUGAAAACUCACUCAUGAAAUACACAUUUUGACACAUUA